GGGCGAGCGGGGCUGGGCCGGGCCGGGCCCGGCGGGACCCGGAGAUCCGGGGACAGCCACCCCCAGGUCUCAUUUCGGGGAGCAAACACGGGAAUUGCUGUCCCUUUGCCAGCCCUGGGGGCCAUGGGGGGACAGGGUGGGUCCCGUUUGUCCCCCCCGUGUAGGAUCGCUGGGAAUUUGGGGGGUUCUGGUCCCCAGAUGGGGACAGCAGCCACCCCCCUGUCUUGGCUGAUGCCCGGCUGUGCCACCCCUGUCCCCAGGGUCACUUUGUGCCAGGGAAAAUGGGCAGCUCGUUAGUGGGAUCACAGAGAUCAUUAACGAGAUCACAGAGCUCAGUCAUUAAUGGGAUCUCAUAGCUCACUCAUUAAUGGGAUCACAGAGCUCAUUAAUGGGAUCACACAGCUCGUUAAUGGGAUCACAGAGCUCACUCAUUAAUGGGAUCAAAGAGCUCAUUAAUAGGAUCUCACAGCUCGCUCGUUAGUGGGAUCACAGAGGUCAUUAACGGGAUCACAUAGCUCACUCAUUAAUGGGAUCUCAUAGCUCACUCAUUAAUGGGAUUACAGAGCUCAUUAAUGGGAUCACACAGCUCAUUAAUAGGAUCACACAGCUCGUUAAUGGGAUCACACAGCUCACUCAUUAACGGGAUUACAGAGCUCGUUAAUGGGAUCACACAGCUCGUUAAUGGGAUCUCAUAGCUCAUUCAUUAAUGGGAUUACAGAGCUCAUUAAUGGGAUCACAGAGUUCACUCAUUAAUGGGAUCACGGAGAUCAUUAAUGGGAUCACAGAGCUCACUCAUUACCAGGAUCACAGAGGUCAUUAACGGGAUCACACAGCUCAUUAGCGGAUCACAGAGCUCGCUCAUUAAGAGGAUGACAGAGCUCAUUAAUGGGAUCUCACAGCUAAUUAAUGGGAUCUCAGAGCUCACUCAUUAGUGGGAUCACAGAGCUCAUUAAUGGGAUCACACAGCUCGUUAGACAAAAAUGAGGCGCGGGCGAAACUCGUCUUGAGGAGCAGCUGGGCGUGCUGGGGGUGCCCCGGGGGCAGUGCCACCCUGUGCCACCCUGUGCCACCCUCCCAGGCUAUAAAUGCCCGCCGUGCCCCUCUGCCCCAUCCCUGAGGAGCUGAUCAGCGCUCAGCCGGCUGGCCAUGGCGUGUCCCCUGGAGCAGGCGAUGGCCCUCAUGGUCACCACCUUCCACAAGUACUCGGCCAAGGAGGGCGACAAGUACAAGCUCAGCAAGGCCGAGCUCAAGGAGCUGCUCAACAAGGAGCUGCCGGUCUUCGGGAGCAAACAAAUGGACGAGGCCGAGUUCAAGCGGCUGAUGAUGGACCUGGACCACAACAAGGACAGCGAGGUGGAUUUCAAGGAGUACGUUUGCUUCCUGGCCUGCAUCACCAUGGGCUUCAACGAGUUCUUCAAGGAUGACCCCAGCAAGCAGCACCGCAGGAAGUGACCCCAGAAUGACCCCAGAGUGACCCCGGAGUGACCCUGGAGUGACCCCAGAGUGACCCCAGAAUGACCCCGGAGAGACCCCCAGGAUGACCCCGGAGUGACCCCCAGAGUGACCCCUCCAGUGACCCCUCCCCGAUCCCAUCCCAGCCCUGAGGGGUUUUCAAUAAAAGCUUUUCCCUGAUCCCGGA